AUGAAGACUAACCACAAGUUCAAUAAUGGCGGGGAAUUGAGGGGUACUGUCGGCGGCGAGUACUACCAGUCGUGGGCCAACCAUUUUGUGAAAUUUCUAGACGCAUACAAAUCGCAUGACAUAAACCUAUGGGGAGUGACCGACGAGAAUGAGUCCACACGAGGGACUCCAUCCAAGGGCUGCAACUGUCUGAACCUAACCGGCCUAUUGAACAGAAUUUUGUGA